AUGCAUGGAGCCUUCUGGAAGGCCGCCUAUGACACUGGCUUGGACACAUGGCUGCUGCUCAAGACACAUGAGGACAUCAGCAGCGCCCACAAGAUCCGGGAGAAGCUGGGCUCUUGAGCUCCGCCUGCUGUCUUGCUCUGUGGUGGGGUGGACUGGGGCUCUGCACACCUUGUUGUCCUCAAGUGUGUCCCCAAGAAGGCCCUCCGGGACAAGGAGGAGACCGAGAUCGCAGUGCUCAGCAGGUGUGCACCGCACCUAGGGCUGGGACAGGGACUAACCCCGACUCCUGCCAGGGUGAUGGGGCGCGAGCUUUCUGUCCACAUCAUGGAGCGCGGCUCCUACUCAGAGAAGCAUGCCAGCCACCUGCUGGGUCAGGUCCUUGGCACUGUCUCCUACCUGUACAGCCUGGGCCUCGUACACCAGGACCUCAAGCCUGAAAACCUCCUCUAUGCCACGCCCUUUGAAGACUCCAAGGUCAUGGUCUCUGACUUUGGUCUCUCCAAAGUCCAGGCCAGCAACAUGCUAGGCACCACCUGAGGACCCCAGGAUAUGUGGGUAAGUGAAGGAGUGCACCCUGAACUCUUGGAGCAGAAACCCUACAGGAAGGCCGUAGAUGUGUGGGCCCUGGGUGCCAUCUGCCGCAUCCUGCUGUGUGGGUACCGAUUCUAUGACGAGAGCCACCCUGAACUCUUCAGACAGAUACUGAGGGCCGGCUAUGAGUUGGACUCUCCCUUUUGGGAUGACAUUUCAGGGGCAGGCUGACCCGGCCUCCCCGACUUUAUCUGGCACCUACUGGAUCGAAGUCCCAAGAGGAAGUUCAUCUGCCCACAGGCCUCUCAGCAUCUUUGGGUCUCUGGGGACGUGGCCUUCGACAAGGGUGUCCACGGCUCAGUCAAUGAGCAGACUGAGAAGAGUUUUGUGGACCACUGGAACCGAGCGUUCAACGCCACCUUGUUCCUGUGCCACAUCCGUCAGCUGGGACAGAGCCGAGAGGGCGAGGAGGCCUCCAAGCAGGGCGUGGCUCGCCACAGUCACGCAGGCUUCUGGGCUGGCCAGCCCCUCAGUGGUGACGCCCAGGCAGAUGCCGAGGCCAAGUGGACCGAUCCCCAGGUUUCCUUCCCUUGGGCGCUUUUGGUCCCCUUCCCCCAGCUCCCAUACCCCGGGGCUGGCCUCUGCUGGAGAGUGUGA